UCCAGCGGAUUUCGUGCUUAGGUUGAGUGUGGUAUUGUCUCCCGGCGGUGGGCAAGAGAGACGAGUAUUGGGCUUGAGAGAGAGCAGGCCAAGGUCCAAGUUAGGUCAGGAGUGGGUCAAGUCCGUCUACGUUCGGCCCACUUGGCAUCCUUAUCCAAUCAUUGUCGCGGUAUCUGGGGUACUGAGAAGUGAACUUCCGUUUGGAAAGCCGUGGACGCUUGCUUACCCUUCGUUUAUCCCACAAAAGCCACCGAGAGUGCUCUCUUCUUGAUUUAACUCAAGCUCUACCAGAAGGCAAGCAGGCAUUACUUCUUUCUUCCCCUCAACUGAAGCUAGCCAAGAGAUCAAAACGAAGUUCAUAGUAUCCAUAAUUAUCUCUUUGCUCGCAGAAUGGCGUUACAAUGUCCAUUGCUCCUCAACUGUUCGACGCCUGUUCCAAGAGAAGAGACCCAUCCCCAAGUCCCACUUCUAUCCGCUCGCUUCGUUCCUCCGCACCCAAAGAGUUACGGGAGCUUUAAACUCUCUUCAACAGUUGCUGGUGGUUUCGUUCCCAGGUCCCCAAAACCGGUGAGAGCUUCCAAAGCAAUUGACGUAGUCCUCGGCGAUGGGAAAGAUGAAGAAGACCCUGACUCCGACGAGGAAGAACAGAACCCUGGUAAUGAUGAUGGCCCGUUUCUAAUGACCGAGGAGGAGAGAAAGGAGAUGAGGAGAAGGAUCAGGGAGGUGCUCGACAAUGCACCGGAUGUGGAAGAGGAGACUGAGCCAGUCCAGAGGAAGAUAAAAAUGCAAAAGCUUUUAGCUGACUACCCUCUAGUUGUCGAAGAGGAUGAUCCUGCCUGGCCCGAAGACGCCGAUGGGUGGGGGUUCAAUUUCGAUCAAUUCUUCAAUAAGAUCACAAUCAAGAAUGCAAGGAAGGAUGACGAUGAAGAUUAUGACAGUGACAAGGAGAUUGUGUGGCAGGAUGAUAACUACAUUCGACCAAUCCGCGACAUAACUGCAAGGGAGUGGGAGGAUACUGUGUUCAAGGACUUCAAUCCUCUGAUAAUACUAGUUCAUCAUCGAUAUAAAGAGCCUGAAGAGAAUGAGAGGGCAAGGAAUGAGCUGGAGAGGGCAGUGCAGAUGUUCUGGGAAUCUGGGUUGCCUUCACCAAGAUGUGUAGCUGUAGAUGCUUGUGCUGAGCAUGAUCUGGUAGAUGCCCUGCAGGUGUCGGGCUUCCCUGAAAUCCUCUUCACACAUGCAGGGAAGAUACUGCACCGCGAUAAAGUAGUUCGGACAGCAGAUGAGUGGUCCAAGGUAAUGGCGUUUUUCUUCUACAAAGCAGUCAGGCCAUCAUUCCUCGAUAAAUCAGUAGGCCAGAAUCGAGAGAAGAUCCCAACUCUUAAAUAGGAGGAGCAAGAAUUGCUGAAUUAUAGCUUUUUGUUUCUGCUAUUAGAUUACAAACUAUGUUGUAUAAAAAUUGUAAUGUUGAAAGACCAAUUUACUGUAAAACAAACGAACUCUUGGAUCAGAUCUUGGAGCACAUCAAUUGAUACAGUAGUUAGCUUCCUCAAAUGGAAAUGUCUUUUUUUUCCCCUCAAA